AUGACAAUAGACGCAUUGGCCACGCUCGUUAACCCGACCAGCUGUCUGCCUCGCCUCAAAGCCGAACCAGAUGCGGCACAUGUUCACAGCGCUCUCUUACAUCUCUCGCGUCUUUACUCUCCACAGUCGCUCAGCAAGGAUGAGAGGAAUAUCUUGGUCGCUUCUGACGCAGAAUAUGCAGCCUCUUCAUAUCAAGAUGCGCUAGACUCGGCCAAAGUAGAUGGUAGCGAGAGGAGGUAUGCCAUGGACUGGCUCACUCGACUCAUCGCCAGCGGACUUUAUUGGAUUGACGAAGCACGAGACCAUAUUUCCGCCGACGACCUGUUGGAUUUGGCUGGCCGCAUUCUUGGGGGCACCGCGAGUCUUGAGGAGGCUGGAGCCAUUUCGCGCGAGUUCCGUUUUCCUCUCAAGGACCCUAUUCUGUUCUCGGAAGAAGCAGCAACGUUGAUUCCGUCUGCAUUGUCGUCCCAACCCAUAGAGAUCGUUCUUCGCGACGACCCUUUACCACCGUCAAAUACGCAAUCGGAAGCCAACACACAGAGCAGCACAGGUUCGAGUCAAGAUGCGGCUGCUGCUGUCGGAGUCCAGACGUGGGGCGCUUCGAUCGUUGUGAGCGAUGUCCUCGUUCGAUAUCCCGCUCUGUUUCAUCGCGGACUUGCUUCCCAAAGCCACCUCUCCGACCGACGACUUAGGAUUGCUGAACUCGGAGCCGGUACGGGUCUUUUAGGUAUGGUAGCAGCAAGGAUGCUACAGCAAACAAACGGUGCUGCAGACGUUGUUCUGACAGAUUACCACCAGCAAGUGCUCAAGAAUUUAGAACACAACGUGGGGCAAAACUUUGGCUCUGCCGUGCAGCAGAUCGAGCCCCCGAGAAAGGUGUCGGUCAGCGUCGAGCAUCUCGACUGGCUGGAGAUGCAUCACGAGAUACUUCAGGGCGUUGUUGAUAACGAUCGACCCAAGUUUGAUCUCUUGCUCCUGGCAGAUGUCAUCUACGCCCCCGAGCACGCUCUCUGGAUCCGUUCGUCCAUCGAGGCGUUGCUACGAAAGCCUAUCAAUGACCAAGACGAAGCGCUUUCUCCACGUGCACACAUCAUCAUGGCCGUUCGUGGCACAGGCAAGUUUGAGGGACUCUUUCAAACAGUUGAAGAUGCCUUUAAGCCGCGUGUUCAGGCAAGUGCGCUUCCCUCGCUGAGUGACAGUUGCACAGAUACCCCGAUGGACACCAUGCCUGGAACACCCGCGCUAGCGCCUGAGUUUGCAACAGCUAUGAACUCAAAAGCCACUGCUCAGCAUAGUCAUGAACUGCACAUCCGAAUGAGCGCUUUUUCGCUGCAGCAGCCGCGCGCAUCGAUGGAGCGUUCAGAGCUUACGAUUCUCAAGCGACGCAAGUUGGACAAGCGCGCUAGCGUCGGCAGAGACGAUGAGCAAGAGUACCUUUGGUUCGAGAUCGGCUGGUCGCCUUGCAUCUCGACCUGCAACACCUAG